AUGGGACGCAGACCCGCUCGUUGCUACCGCUACUGUAAGAACAAGCCUUACAUCAAGUCCCGCUACUGCCGUGGUGUCCCCGAGCCCAAGCUCAGGAUCUACGAUCUCGGCAGGAAGAAGGCCGGCGUGGAUGAGUUCCCCUUCGUUGCCCACCUUCUGUCGUGGGAGCACGAGCAGAUCUCCUCGGAGGCUCUUGAGGCUGCCCGUAUCUCGUGCAACAAGUACAUCACCAAGAUGGCUGGUAAGGACUCCUUCCACAUGAGGGUCCGCGUGCACCCCUACCACAUCCUCCGUAUCAACAAGAUGUUGUCGUGCGCCGGUGCUGACAGACUGCAGACUGGUAUGCGUGGUGCCUUCGGUAAGCCCGCUGGUUGCGUCGCUCGCGUCAAGAUCGGUCAGAUCCUCUUCUCUGUCCGUUCCAAGGACAACUCCAAGGCCCACGUCAUCGAGGCCCUCCGCCGUGCCAAGUACAAGUUCCCCGGCAGGCAAAAGAUCGUCCUCUCCAACAAGUGGGGUUUCACUCCCCUCCAGAGGGAGGAGUACCUGCAGCUCAAGAGCGAGGGCAGGAUCAUUCCCGACGGUGUCAACGCCAAGGUGGUCAAGAACAAGGGUGUCCUCGGCUUCUAA